AUGGAAAAUUCCAACUCUACUCCAGCUAAUUCACAGUCUCAAGAUGAUUUUCCACUGGCGGAUGAUGGUAAUUUUUUUUUCUUUUUGAAAGUAAAAAAUUCCUUAUUUGCAAAAUAAAAUUUCAGAUGAUACGGUAACUAUAAUCGGCGGUAAAACACCAAGAGCUGCACAUCCUUUACCAAGAGAAGAACCGGCUGAGGAUCCGGAAGAAAAAGCGAGGCUUAUAACUCAAGUUUUGGAGCUUCAAAAUACGUUGGAUGGUUAGUUGAAGCGAUUAAAUGUGUUUUUUUGAAGGUACAUGGACAAACUUCAACAAAUAAAGAAGUUAGAACCUAUUUAAGUAUUAUUUUAGACCGUUAAACGCUAUUGCGCUUUGAAACACGUUAGCAAACGUUUCUGGUCAAUCUGGACAUCCAGAAGUAACCAGCAAUUACUUAAUAAAAAUCCUAGUGAAAUUAUCUAAAAAAAUUAUAUUUUUUUCGAAAAAGAGAUUACUAAAAUUACACAAUUCCAGACCUUAGCCAACGAGUUGACUCUGUGAAAGAAGAAAGUCUGAAACUGCGGUCGGAAAAUCAAGUCCUGGGGCAAUAUAUCCACAAUUUGAUGUCGUCUUCUUCCGUCUUCCAGUCGUCGCACCCACGGCCUAAACAGUAGGAAUCAUAUGUUUAUUAACGGUUGGAUGAUUCCUUAAAAAAAUACAAGACAAACGAAAAAAGACGAAAUUAAAAAAAAAAAACAAAUUUUGAAAAUACCGUAACGAAAAAAAGUCGGUGGAGCGCACUUGAGCGAAGUAUUCAGGAAACGCAUUUUUAAAAGUAUUUUCAUCCUUUUUUUUUAUCUUUUUUAAAGUUCGGGAUCAUCCAAGCGUUCAAUUUUUCGAUUUUCCUUCUUGCCCUCAUGUCCGGCCCGCUUGCAUGCCCAUGUUUAACAUGUCUUCGACUUCAAUACUGUUUUUCUUCUUGGGAAUUAUUGUCCUUCUAGUCCUCAGCUGGGUCAUUGUUGCUUGCAAAGCUUUAUUCUCUCUUGUUUUUCACGAUUUUUAUCUUUCCAAAUAUCCAAAUUUUAUUUAAUAAUUUCGAAUUUUUUUCGUAGAGAAAAAGUGUAGAAACUUUUUUUUUCACAAAUUUGAACUUUUCCAGUUAGAAUAAUUGAAUCGAUUGAAAUCAAGACCUUGCCAGUCCUCAUGAACCCAAAAAACUUCACUAAUUCGUGUAUUUUUGCAUAAUUCCAUCAAUAAUUUGCAUAAUUUUGAAUCCGCACUAAAAACGUCCAAAUGUCGCAUGUUUUGAAGUCGCACAAAAAAAUGGAAAAAAUUCGUAAUCUUUACAGAAACGGCACCGAAUCACAAGACGAAGAUUUCGGAGACUAUGAAUGGUGA